AUGAAGCGUAAGCCUGACGCGUCCCCCGACGAAAGCUCACAGAAGCAGCAGAGAAGCAGGAGGAAUAGGUACAUCUCGAUAGCUUGUAACGAAUGCAAGCGUCGGAAGAUCAAGUGCAAUGGCGAGACGCCCUGCCAGAGGUGUGGCAACCUCAACCUGCAGUGUCUCUACGCCCCAAACUGCUGCUCCAACAGCUUCAAGGAAUCGGACGAGUUCAAACACAUGAAUGACACCUUGAAUCUCCUCCAAGAGCAGAUGGAUACCCUCCAGCGCAAGGUGAGCGAAUUGCAACAAGAGACGCAGCGCCUGGCCCCCCUCCACGACCGAGUCCUGCCGUUGCCCACCGCCGGUACCAACGUCGGCCCUUCUCCUUCUACCUCCACCUCCUCCAUGCAUAAGGCAGACCUGCCGUCCUUUCGACCGCCGCUCCUCUUCCGUGGCCCGACCAGUGCGUCGUCCCACGUCAACGUCGCCAAGGCCACGCUGCAAAAUAUGGGAUAUAGUGGCGCCGAAGGUAGCGAUGACAAUGCCAUCAUCCUGGACGACAGCCCUGCGCAAUCCCCUCUACCACCUACGUCACAGGAUGUCACGAGGAGGCUCGUGGAUCCUCUUUGGGAUUACGACAAGGAUGAAAUGAUACGGCUGUGCAGGCUCCACGAAGACGAAGUCGGCAUCAUGUACCCGGUCGUAAGCAUCAACGACGUAAUCGCCCACGCCCAUAUCAUUGCAGAUUGGAUGGAGUCAACCAGGAAGCAAGGCGCGGGCCAGUUCGAAGGCUUCAACGAUAUCAAGACGCUGGAGCUCAAGAUCAUCAUGUGCUGCGCCCUGGUGGUGGAGGAGAAUGGCUAUAGUGCCAAGGCCACCAGGCUGUGGUCCAGCAUACAGCCCAUCGCGGACAGGCUGCUCAUGAGCGAUCCUAGUGAUGUUGCGAAGCUGCCCUUUCUCGCCCUGGUCGGGGGCUUCAGGUUUUUGGAGAAUGAGGAGGUGCUUGCCUGGAGGGUUAUGGGUCAGGUUGCUCGCCUAUGCCUAGAGAUGGGCCUGCACCGAAGAGACGGCAUUGCAAAGAUCGCAGGGGCCAAGGACCGCAGGAAUGCCAUCAAUACGUUUUGGUCUGCAUAUGUGCUUGACCGUCGGUGGAGUUUCGGCACUGGGUUUCCCUUUGUCGUUCAUGACGACAAGAUUGACCCGCAUCUGCCAUGGCCUGAGGACUACCCUUACUUGACUUCUCUGAUCGCCUUCGCGAAACUCAGCUCCAAAAUUUGGCGGCUGGUGGAUUAUUUUGAUGACGUCCUCAUUCGGGACCUGAAGCGGGAGGACUUCCAGAAAAUGGAUGAAGAAAUCCUGGAGUGGUACGAGACCGUGCCGGAACAAAUAAAGAUCCGCAGUCUGGGCAACCUCAUACCGGUACCCGGUUCUGAAGCAUACAAUGUUGAGCGCCUCCAGAUCUGGACUCGCUUGCGGCUGAAUCAGAUUCGAAUCUGGCUUUACACGCCGGUAUUGCACACCGCGUCCAGCAUCUCACAAAACAGAGAUUUUGCGCAGCGCGUUGUUGACCUCGCCAAGGAGACCAUCCAGUUUCUCACCAUGCUGAACAAUAAUAGCAUCGUAUACAACCGUAUACAGGUCUUUUACCAUCAUUUCUUGACCUCCUCGAUUGCCGUCCUCUUUCUCGCAUCAACACAUGCACCCGUUGCCUUCAGCUCCCAGUGUCGGCAGGAGUUCCACAUGGCUCUUGAGCUCGUCAAAGACCUGUCGUCCAAGAGCUGGGUCAGCCAGCGGCUGUGGCGAACAGUAAAGAGCCUCAAGGCUUAUGCGCCUCGCCUCGGCUUGCAGCAGGAUGAGGAUCCGAAAAGGCCAGAGAAUGGGUCGUCCAUGAUGAGCGGCAUGGCAUACGGUGGUCACAAUCAGAUCGGCAUAUCGAGCACAUCUCAUCGAAGCUCCGUGAGCAGUGCCGGUCCUCAGUCAACAUCAAGUCCAGGGUUGACGCCAAACUACGGGCAGCAGCAGUCUGCAAGCAGAAUGGGAAGUCUGACGCCUCACAAUGGAAGGAACCCGCUGCGGUCAGCAGGUGGACAGAUGCAGAACCCGGGUCAUCCAGUGUCCCAACCGGAAGACCCAGACAACGGCCUGCGGCUGCAGACGGAGAUGUCAAGAAUAUUUGAAGGCUUCGCGAACAGCACUGCCCACAACGGCCAAUUAGCUGAGGCUGAUGAUUUCUUGAGUAGUCACAUGGGAGUCUUUUCUGCCAAUGGAGGUCCUCUUGGAAUGGCCGGGGACAACGACGGCGUUUAUCAGCACAUGAAAGAAAUGUUCUGA